UGUGUUACAGUUGUAAAUUUGUUUGCAAACCGUGUGUGUGGGGGGGAAAUGAAUAAUGAAUGUGUAUGUGCCGUAUGUAUAAAUUGUCUCAUUAUUAAAUUCUAGCGUUUGAAAAUUUCUUACUCGUCUUGGGGGGAGGCCGUUUCAUUGUUUUUAUAUACAGAAAUGGUCUUCGCUUCUUUUAAGUAGACUGAGUAGCAUAGAUGAUGUGAUAUAUUUCCAUCCAUUUUCUUGUUGUACAUACACGAUCUUCUUCUUGCUCACACGUUUUCAACACCUUUACUUGCGUUUUACUUCUUCAUCUGCACAUCUUCUUUCGAGUUGAGGUGUUUUGUGUUUUGAAGAUUGAGAUCAUUAGGUGCACAUGGUGUGAUCUCUGAUAUCUGUUCUUUGCAGAAAAUAGGUUCUGGUGAGUAGAUACUUUGUUAUUGCAUAGAUUGGUAAUGGCAGGAAGAUCCUUCAGGCCCUCUGAUUCGCAGCCAGGGAGGGGCCCGAUUCCUCCCAGUGUAAAGUUUACAAGAAGAACAUCGUCGGGCAGAUAUGUGAAUCUGUCAAGGGAAAGUCUUGAUAGUGAGAUAAGUGGUGCUGAGUUUGCGGAGUACACUGUGCAUAUACCGCCAACACCUGAUAAUCAACCAAUGGAUUCUUUGACCAUUAGGGGGGAACCUCCAAUUUCACAAAGGGUCGAGGAGCAAUAUGUGUCUAGCUCUUUGUUCACCGGAGGAUACAACAGCGUUACCCGUGCCCACCUGAUGGACAAGGUGAUAGAAUCUGAAGCAAACCAUCCUCAGAUGGCUGGGGCAAAAGGUUCGUCCUGUGCUAUACAGGGCUGCGAUGGAAAAGUUAUGAGUGAUGAGAGGGGUGAAGAUAUUCUUCCAUGUGAAUGUGAUUUCAAGAUAUGCAGGGAUUGCUUUGUUGAUUCUGUUAAGGCUGGUGGAGGCAUCUGUCCCGGUUGUAAAGAUCCAUAUAAGAAUACAGAAUUGCCCGAUGAGUCAGCUGAGCCCGGUCAGCCAUUGCCUCUUCCAUCUAAUGCUGGAAUGUCAAAAAUGGAAAGGAGAUUGUCUUUAAUGAAAUCCACCAACAGGUCUGCAAUAGUGCGGAGCCAGUCUGGAUUAAUGAGGAGCCAAGCAGGGACGGAUUUUGAUCAUAAUAGAUGGUUGUUUGAGACUAAGGGUACCUAUGGAUAUGGUAAUGCCAUAUGGCCAAAAGAUGGGGGAUUAACUGAAGAUCAAAAUGACGAAACAGGCGAGCCUCCAGAACUUUUCAACAAGCCAUGGAGACCUCUAACCCGUAAACUAAAGAUAUCAGCUGCAGUACUCAGUCCAUAUAGACUAUUAAUUUUCGUCCGUAUGGUUAUUCUUGGUCUAUUUUUGGAAUGGAGAAUCAGCAAUCCUAAUGAGGAUGCAAGGUGGCUGUGGUUGAUGUCUAUCAUCUGUGAGAUUUGGUUUGCCUUCUCCUGGUUACUCGACCAACUUCCGAAGCUCUGCCCUGUUAAUCGUGCUACGGAUCUUAAGGUGUUAAAAGAGAAGUUUGAAACACCCAGCCCAGCCAAUCCAACUGGAAAAUCCGAUCUUCCGGGAAUAGAUAUAUUUGUUUCUACUGCUGAUCCAGAAAAAGAACCUCCACUUGUUACGGCAAACACUAUUCUGUCUAUUCUUGCUGCUGAUUACCCAGUCGAGAAGCUCUCCUGUUAUGUUUCAGAUGAUGGAGGUGCCCUCUUGACAUUUGAGGCCAUGGCAGAAGCUGCAAGUUUUGCUAACUUGUGGGUGCCAUUCUGUCGAAAACAUGAUAUUGAACCAAGAAAUCCAGAAUCUUAUUUCGGACUGAAAAAAGACCCAUUUAAGAAUAAAGUGCGCCCUGAUUUUGUAAAGGAUCGCAGAAGGGUUAAGCGUGAGUACGAUGAAUUCAAGGUUCGGAUCAAUGGUCUUCCUGAUUCAAUUCGGCGUCGUUCUGAUGCAUAUAAUGCUAGAGAAGAAAUCAAGGCCUUAAAGCUUCGGAGACAGACUGCUGCGGAUGAAAUAUUAGAACCUUUAAAGGUCUCUAAAGCAACUUGGAUGGCAGAUGGGACUCACUGGCCGGGAACUUGGGUGGUUUCUGGUCCGGAACACUCUAGAGGUGACCAUGCAGGAAUAAUACAGGUCAUGUUGAAACCACCAAGUGAUGAUCCUCUUAAUGGUACUGAUGAUAGUAGCCCACUUGAUUUUACAGAAGUUGACAUUCGGCUACCCCUCCUUGUCUAUGUUUCUCGAGAAAAGCGUCCAGGAUAUGAUCACAAUAAGAAGGCAGGGGCCAUGAAUGCUCUCGUUCGAGCUUCAGCCAUCAUGUCUAAUGGCCCAUUCAUUUUGAAUCUUGACUGCGAUCACUACAUCUAUAACUCACAGGCAAUAAGAGAAGGCAUGUGUUUCAUGAUGGAUCGUGGUGGAGACCGUCUAUGCUAUGUCCAAUUUCCUCAAAGGUUUGAGGGAAUAGAUCCAUCUGAUCGCUAUGCAAAUCAUAAUACCGUGUUCUUUGAUGUUAACAUGCGUGCUCUAGAUGGGCUGCAGGGUCCAGUUUAUGUUGGAACUGGAUGCCUCUUCCGUAGGACUGCACUUUAUGGCUUUGAUCCUCCCCGAUCAAAAGAACACUCUGGUUGUUGCAGCUGUUGUUUUGCUAAACGGAAGAAGACUGCAACUAUCAAAACUGCACCAGAGGAACACAGAGCUCUUAGGAUGGGAGAUGACGAUGAUGAUGAAAUGAAUCCUUCUCUAUUCUCUAAAAGAUUUGGUAACUCAAACUUCCUGAUUGAUUCCAUCCCAGUGGCAGAGUUCCAAGGGAGACCACUUGCCGAUCAUCCUGCUGUAAAGAAUGGACGAGCACCUGGUGCUCUUACCAUUCCUAGGGAACUCCUUGAUGCAUCAACGGUUGCUGAAGCCAUUAGCGUGAUCUCGUGUUGGUAUGAAGACAAAACUGAGUGGGGUAACCGUGUUGGAUGGAUUUAUGGGUCAGUGACUGAAGACGUGGUGACAGGAUAUAGGAUGCACAAUCGAGGCUGGAAAUCUGUGUAUUGCGUUACUAAGAGGGAUGCUUUCCGUGGCACUGCUCCUAUCAAUCUCACAGACAGACUUCAUCAAGUCCUCCGUUGGGCCACUGGGUCAGUCGAGAUCUUCUUUUCCCGUAACAACGCUAUUCUUGCUAGUCCAAAAAUGAAGAUUCUACAAAGAAUUGCUUACCUGAAUGUGGGUAUCUAUCCUUUCACCUCUUUGUUCCUGAUCGUGUACUGCUUCCUUCCGGCACUAUCACUCUUCUCCGGUCAAUUCAUUGUCCAGAGUCUAGACGUGACCUUCCUCACGUACCUCCUCGUCAUCACCUUGACACUUUGCGCAUUGGCCGUGCUUGAGAUAAAAUGGUCGGGCAUCAACUUAGAGGAGUGGUGGCGUAAUGAGCAAUUCUGGCUGAUCGGAGGCACGAGCGCUCAUCUUGCAGCCGUGCUCCAGGGUCUACUGAAGGUGAUUGCUGGGAUCGAGAUCUCGUUUACUCUGACAUCAAAAUCCGGAAGCGACGACAAUGAUGAUGAAUUCGCGGAUCUGUACAUCCUGAAAUGGAGCUCGCUGAUGAUCCCACCUAUCACCAUCAUGAUGACGAACUUGAUUGCCAUUGCUGUUGGCGUGAGCCGGACUAUAUACAGCAGCAUACCACAAUGGAGCCGUUUGCUCGGAGGCGUGUUCUUCAGUUUCUGGGUGUUGGCUCAUCUGUAUCCAUUUGCCAAGGGACUGAUGGGGAGACGAGGAAGGACCCCAACCAUCGUGUUUGUGUGGUCGGGUCUCAUCGCCAUCACCAUCUCCCUUCUCUGGGUGGCCAUCUCUCCCCCGGAGGGCGCUACAGGAAUCGGAGGUUCGUUCCAGUUUCCAUGAUCUUCCAGACAUGUUCAUUGGCAUAGAUAUGUCCUUCGGAGUAAGUUAGUUAGAUCAAUGUUACACUUUCAUUUCAUUUGUUUAUUUUUGGCAUUGUUAUAUUAAAUGUGUAGAAGAUAAGACCAGAUGAGAUGACAGAUAUUCUCUGUCAUGGAAAAUUUAAUACUAUAUUCUUCUUCA